GAUUACGACUCAUUAUUACAUCUAAGGCAGAUGGGGUACCUCUCUCGUUGCUGGCGGCGGCUUUCUUGGCAACAACAUCGGAGAACCCAGGAAGCCCAGAAAGUCUUUGGUAAAUGAUGCUUUCGUGAUCCAUUAAGAGGUUGAUGAGAAACAAUUUGUAGUCAAAAGUUCUGCUCUAAAGUUCAAAUAUUUUUGCUCAGAAGAACAAGAAAAGGGCGGAGUACGUUGUUUGUUGCGCCAGAGAGAUAAACAAGAGAUAUCAUUCAGGCAGUAGAAGUUGACUCACAACCAUUCGAGAUUCGAGAAGAUGAUCAUAGGAGAUCCAGCUGCAUCUGUAGGGAAGCCGUUUCAGAAACAAGAUCAUCGCAAGGAUGAAGCCCAAAUUCGAAAUGAAAUUAGCCUUUCAAUUCCUCCACCGGCAUUUAUUUCAAAUAGUGAUCCACCUCUUAGAUCAGAGAUGGAUAAGUUUGCUGUAUGUUCAGCUGCUCAAAGAAUUGAAUAUUGGCUUAAUAUUGAUCCUGAACCUUUUUCAAAGGUAUCAAAGGAACAAUUAUCAGAUCUUCAAAAUGUGCUGCUAAAGAUUCAAGACUUGCUCGGAGAUAAUGAAGUUUGUAGGAAUACAGAUGAAUCUGCUCAAAUUGAAGAGGCAGCUAACGAUGUUGAAGAUGUGUUUGAUACCUUUGUUUAUAACGCGAGAUCCGUCCACAACUCUUUCGGGAUAGCAAAGAUUGGUGCCUCCAUGUUCAAUAUUCUGAUCAGUCCAGACAUUUUCAGCUUCAAGAUACAAUCAAUUCAACAGCGCCUCGAAGAAGCAGUGGUCAAGCUCGAUGGGAAAGUGAAAGGAGUUGAUCUGCGUCAUAUACAUUCAGGUGGCCAUGCUCAUGAAGGAAAAUCAAUGUAUGGAGAUAAUGAAUACAUAGUCGGAUUACAAGGAGAUAUCGAGGAAAUGGUUCAUCACUUGACCAGCGGAGAAAAUGAAGUUGAAGAUCCACCCUACUUAUUCUUUAUAGUUGGAGGCCCAAGUUCAGGCAAAACUACUUUGGCAAGGCAACUUUAUAACAACACUUUAGUAAGGCAGCAUUUCCACAAUUUUAUCUGGUUUGGCCAGUCAAAAGUAAACCUGCAUACACUUAAUUAUUUUCAACGCCACGUCCUAUUCGAGCUAAUAGGAAUAUCCAAUACUAAGAAGGAAGAAACUUGGAUUAACGUCAUUGGCAAGUGUUUGAUAAUUCUUGAUGAAAUCCCAUGCAGUAUGAGAGAAACUCUUGAAGAUUUGUUGCGAACCUUCCCAACAGGACUGAAUGGCACGAAGAUCAUUAUCACGGGUAGCAAUGAAGAGUACGACAUAUUUAAGAAUGAUUUGCGUUGUUAUUUCCAUCAAUUUAAGGGCAAACUCAACAAUGAACAAGGGUGGGAUCUGUUAUGCCAUUUAGCAGCUUCCCGCAAACAAAAUAUAAAAAUACCAGAGAACUUAGCAAAGAAUAUGUUGCGCAUAUGUGAAGGGAAGCCCAUAAGUAUUAAGCUUUUGAGUGGUGUAUUAAGCACCAAGCCCAAAGGGAUGGAAUUCAUCUUAGAUAACGAUAUCAAAUUCAAAGAUGUGUACGAGUUAUGUUAUGAGGAUUUACAUUACCUUUUAAAAGCUUGCUUUCUGUAUUUGGGAGUUUUCCCACCAAAACAUGAAAUUUCUGCGAGCAUUUAUCAAAGAAUGUGGAUUGCAGAAGGAUUUGUUAGUAAUUCUUCUGAAAAUGAAGUCAUGCAGUACAUAGAAGAGUUGAGUCGUCGACACUUGAUCCAGGUUACCAAGAGAAACCACAAAGAUAGAAUUAAGAUUUUUCAGGUAUCGAAUCUGGUUUAUGAAUUUUGUCUUACAAAAGCACGGGAGGAGAACUUUCUUCAUAUUGAAUCUCGUCAAUUUCUUAAGUCAUCCAUCAACUCUCGAAAAAUUAUCUCUCGUUCCAGGUUGUGCAAGAAAAGCCAAGAAUCAUAUAUCAAAUCACUUUCACUCUUUCACUACCAAGGAGCAGAAGAUAAUAGAUUUAGGUUCGGAACUAUUUACAAGGAUUUAAAAUUACUAAGAGUCUUGAGUCUUUGGGGUGUUUUCACUUCUGAUAAUGCCUUGCCUGAUAUGAUAGGAAAGUUGGUACAUCUAAGCUAUCUUGGAAUAAGGAAUACCAACAUUGAUACAAUUCCCCAAUCUAUCGAAAACUUGAAAAAGUUAUUGACAUUAGACUGGAGAGGAGUACAUUCUGGCCGAGAUUGGUCUGCGGGAGCCCUAAUAACAAUGCCAAAUGUGCUAUGGAAGAUGGAGCAACUUAGACAUCUUUAUAUACCAAAAGGCAGGUCUCUAAGGAACACAUUCAAAUUGCACACUUUAAAUAACUUGCAUACUUUAUGGAGAGUAGGGGUUAAUGAAUGGUUUGAAGACGACUUACAACUGUGGAACUUCCCUAAUCUUCAUAAGUUGUAUGUAUUCAGGAUAUAUUGGAGGCAUCAAUUAGACAUGAUAUUCGAAUGUUUGAAGAAGUCCCCAAAUUUGAAAAAUUUAAAGCUGGAGUGGGAUACCUGGAGUGGGAAAUCAAAUAAGCUUGAAUACUUUGAUCAACUCAGCCAAGAUUUUUACCAGCUAAGUUCGCUAACAUUGAGGGGUCCAAUUGAAGAAAAAGUUUCCCUUCGUUUCCCCCCUACUCUUGUAGAGUUGGAGUUGAAAAACAGCGGUAUUACAACCCAGGAUCCUGUGCCAAUAAUUGAAAAUUGUUGUCCCAAACUGAAAGUUCUCAGAUUAAAAAAUAACGCAUACCUCGGGACAGAGAUGAGGUUUUGUGCUGGUAAGUUUCUGUCGUUAGUUGAGCUUGUAAUUGAGGGUAUGUAUGAACUUGAAACAUGGGUGAUUGAAACGGGUGCACUUCCUCGUUUGGAAAAGCUACUCCUCAAAUGUCGUACUAAGUUAGAAAGAUUGCCAGAAGGGAUUAGAUUCAUUACUACUCUCCGAGAGUUAGAAUUGAAUUUCAUGCCUAGAAGUUUCUGUGAAAAACUUGUUCAUGUGGAACAAGACUACUUAACAAGCGUUGUUGAUAAAAUUAAAGGGGAGGAUUUCUACCUUAUUCAGCAUGUUCCUGACAUAAAAUUCACUGAAAUUUUGGAUAAGCCAGAGGUACGCCAGUUUAUUUACAAUUUUUUUACUUAAAUACAGAGUAGGAUGUAAAGGGCCGGAGGGGACAGCGAGAAUCUAACCCAGUAUAUUUUCCCUAAAAAAGUGGUACAUGCUUUAACUAAUAUCAUAUUCGAUUCUCAAAUGUUGAUGGGAGUAGAACACGAGUCUCUUAUGCAGUUAUGUGGCAUACUCCUUUUAGCAACUUAUCUUGUGAAGUUUUAAUUAAGUCUAGACCCAAGAAAUUUCUUCUUAAUUUUUGCUAAGUGCUUGCAAACCACUGACAUGUAUAAAAACAUAUCAGUGGCUCUAAACAGGUAGGAAUGACUAAAAGGGGAAUUUAGAAGAAAGUUGAUGGUUACAAAUUCUUCAUAAAUAAGGUAUAUGUUUAUUUGCCAUCAUAUUAGAAAAAAUUGCAAAAUAUUUGAAAACUUAUGUUUUUUUUUUUAACCCAGAAAACUACAUGUUAAAAUUCUUUUGUAUUUUAUUUAUGGAACAGUAUGCAGGAUAUGAUAGUGUUUCCAUCUUAAUUUCCCAAUCCUAAUUUGAUGUUCUCCUUGCCUCAAACAAAAAUGGUAAAUGGUCUCUUUGGCGAAUGAAUAUUCGUUCGAACUGGUGGCCGGUUUGACCAAUUAGAAGUAUUGGUUAUAAGUUAGUUGUUUAAACAAGAGUUGUUCAUGAGUGGAUUGUCCACCAAGCUCCGCAAACUUGGUUCGAAAAAAUAGAUGGCAUUGGAAAACAUUAUUAAAGAUCAAGGUUUUCUUUUAGAAAAAGUUAAGGUUUAGAUUGUUGAUCAUUUUUUAUUUGAGAUACUUGAAAUCAUUGCUAAUUUUUUAUUAUGGACUGUGACUUUGUACUUUGAAUUAUAUUUCUCGUGUAAAUUGUUUAUUUGAACUUUAAAAA